AUGAAAAUCAUUUCAACCAAAAAACACACGGACAAACAUAGUUGCUUGCUAAAGAAACUCUUCUUGACCGAAAAAAACACACAUAAACCAAACACAUUUUUCAAGAACCAAAAAUCUACAUUAUAUGUAACUCAAAACUCUUCUUGUCCAAAAAACACAUUUUUCAAGAACCAAAAAUUCUCCAUUAUAAUUUAUAUGUAACAUACCAACCUAGAUCUAGUAGUACUAUAAUUUCAAUGGCUUCUUCUUCUUCUUCUUCUUCUUCCUUUCUCAUUCUUUUUUUUCUUUCCUUUUUUACCCUCACAUUUUGUGAUGAUGCUGAAGUUAUGUCAAAGUUACUAGCUGCACUUUCUCCAACACCAAAUGGUUGGGAUUCAAAAACAUCAUUUUGUAAAUGGAAAAAUGUAGACUGUGACAAAUCUAGUGGUACUGUAACAUCAAUAAAUCUUGAUUCACAAUCACUUACUGGUUCUUUACCAUCUGAAAUAAACCAACUUUCAAAUCUUAAAACACUUUCUGUUCAAAAAAACAGUCUUUCUGGUACUUUACCUUCUUUUGCAAAUAUGACCACUUUAUCUGAGAUUUACUUAGAUAAUAAUGGUUUCACUUCUAUUCCUCAAGAUUUCCUUUUGGGUGUUACUAGUUUAACCACUUUUAGUAUUAGUGAAAAUGGGAAACUUAGUCCUUGGCAAAUUCCUAGUUAUUUGACUGAUAGUGUUAAUUUAGGCUAUUUUUAUGCAAGUAAUGCUAGUAUAUUUGGUGUUAUACCUGAUUUCUUUGAUGCUUUUGCUAGUCUUCAAGAUUUGAGAUUGAGUUAUAAUAACUUUACUGGUUCUUUGCCUAAUUCUUUUGGUGGUUCUGAGAUUAGGAAUUUGUGGCUAAAUAAUCAAGAUAAAGGGUUAUCAGGUACUAUUGAUGUUAUUGGAGAUAUGUCACAAUUGUCACAAGUUUGGUUACAUGCUAAUUCUUUUACUGGUCCAAUACCAAACUUGUCCAAAUGUGAAAAUAUAUUUGAUUUGCAGUUAAGGGACAAUCAGUUUACUGGUGUUAUUCCUGAUUCAGUAAUGAGUUUACCUAAAUUGUUGAAUAUUUCUUUGCAAAACAAUAAGUUGCAAGGUCCAAAGCCAGAGUUUAGAAAAGAGGUUAACGUUGAAUUUGGGACUACUAAUAGUUUUUGUUUGGACAAUCCUGGACCUUGUGAUCCACAAGUUACAACACUUUUAGAAGUGGCUAGUGGUUUCGGAUAUCCACCAUUUUUAGCUGAUUCUUGGAAAGGAAAUGAUGCUUGCAAUGGAUGGUCACAUAUAAGCUGUGGUGGAAAAAAGAAUGUGGAUGUUGUAACAUUUGGUAAGCUGAAACUUUCAGGUUUUAUUUCACCUGCUUUUGCAAAUUUGACAUCUUUGAGGAAUUUGUUAUUGAAUGAUAAUAAUCUUACUGGAUCUAUACCGGAAAGAUUGACAACUUUGGCUAGCCUUCAGGUUCUUGAUGUUAGUAAUAACAAUUUAUCUGGUCCUAUACCCGCGUUUCGACCAGAUGUGAAGUUUACUACUACUGGUAACUUAUUUCUUGGAAAGAAUAUUAGUGGUGGUGGUGGGGGUAGUGGUGGAUCCUCAGGGUCGAGGCCCAGUAGUGAUGAUGGUGGAAAUUCGUCUGGUGGUAAAAAGGGGUCGACCCCUUCAGCUGGAAUGAUUGCUGGUGUGGUUAUAUCUGUUGUUAUAUUUGUCAUAGUUGUGUUGUUUUUGUCGUAUAAGUGUUACGUAAAGAGACGGCAUAAGAGAUUCGGGAGGGUUGAGACUCCUGAAUUAAGCAAUGAAAUGGUUAAUUUUAAGCCGCCUCCUGUAGUGAAUGGUACGAAUGGAUAUGCAGGAGUCCCGAGUGAGUUACAGAGCCAGAGCAGUGGUGAUCAUAGUGAGAUGCCGAUAUUUGAAGGUGGAAAUGUUGUUAUUUCCAUUCAGGUGCUUCGACAAGUGACAAACAACUUCAGUGAAAAAAAUAUAUUGGGAAGAGGAGGAUUUGGAGUUGUUUAUAAAGGUGAAUUACAUGACGGGACUAAGAUUGCUGUGAAGAGGAUGGAAUCUGGGGCGAUGGGUACUAAAGGAAUGAACGAGUUCCAAGCAGAAAUCGCGGUGCUUACUAAAGUUAGGCAUAGGCAUUUAGUUGCUCUUCUUGGUUAUUGUGUUAACGGGAACGAGAGACUUUUGGUGUACGAGUACAUGCCACAGGGAACUUUAAGUCAGCAUUUGUUUGAAUGUAGAGAACUUGGGUACCCAAUUUUGACCUGGAAGCAAAGGGUGACGAUAGCGUUAGACGUUGCGAGGGGAGUCGAGUAUCUUCACAGCUUGGCACAGACGAGUUUUAUCCAUAGGGAUUUGAAGCCCUCUAACAUACUUCUUGGGGAUGAUAUGAGAGCCAAGGUUGCAGAUUUUGGAUUGGUUAGGAAUGCUCCCGAUGGGAAAUAUUCUGUUGAGACACGGUUGGCUGGAACUUUUGGCUAUCUGGCGCCUGAAUAUGCUGCUACUGGACGAGUCACGACCAAGGUAGAUGUGUAUGCCUUCGGAGUUGUUCUAAUGGAGAUCGUCACGGGUAGAAAAGCAUUAGAUGAGACCAUGCCAGACGAGAGGUCCCAUUUAGUGACGUGGCUUCGCAGGGUCCUUGUCAACAAAGACAACCUCCGAAAAGCCAUCGACCCGACACUUGACCCCGACGAGGAAACAUACGAGAGCAUUUGUAAGGUCGCCGAGUUAGCAGGCCAUUGCACAGCACGAGAACCGUUUCAACGACCCGAUAUGGGACACGCCGUCAAUGUCCUUGCACCCCUCGUUGAGCUGUGGAAGCCUACGAGAAACGAAGACGAAGAUAGCGGCAUUGACCUACAUAUGAGCCUUCCUCAAAUACUACAAAGAUGGCAAGCUGAUGAAGGAACUUCAAGAAUGUUUGAUGACUUGUCAUACAGUCAAACACAGUCAAGCAUACCCUCAAAGCCUUCUGGAUUUGCAGAUACUUUUAGUUCAACAGAUUGCAGAUGACAGAAAAGCAAAAAUCAAGAUAGGUCCACACGGUUUGCAUGUUCAUGUGGUUAAUUUGUUUCUUCUUGAAACCGCGUUUUUACUUUUUUGGCUUCACGUUACUUUUUUGUGAUAGACCUAAGUUCAUAUUAGUUUUAUUUGAUUGGAUUCUUUAAGGAGCCAGGCUGGACAGUAGAGUAUUUAUGUGGUUUUGUUAGAAAGGAAAUUGUAUUAAAUUCUUUUAUCUUUUACAUAGUUAAUGUAAAUAAAUUUGAGUUCUUGUUUAAA